CAGGGACCAGGGGACUCAGCAGAACACCGCCCUGAGGGGCAGUGUGACUGAUGUGUGGACAGGGCAGAGCCUUACAAGCCUAGCCAUGCCUCAGAUGUAGACAUGGCAAUGGGCCGACCUAUAAAGGGUCGGGAAUCGGACCUCCGCUGCCAUCAUGUACUGCCUACAAUGGCUGCUCCCGGUUCUCCUCAUCCCCAAGCCUCUAAAUCCAGCCCUUUGGUUCAACCACUCGAUGUUCAUGGGCUUCUACCUCCUGAGCUUCUUGCUGGAGAGGAAGCCGUGCACCAUCUGCGCCUUGGUCUUCCUGGGAGCCCUCAUCCUUAUCUGCUACAGUUGUUGGGGCAAUUGCUUCUUGUAUCAUUGCAGCGGCAGCCAGCUGCCAGAAUUGGCCCAUGACCCCGCGGUGGUGGGCACCUAAAGAGGACACAGUUCCUUUGCCAACGGAUUGCUGCUUUUUGCCAGUGACAUGACACAGCUUGCACCAUUGUGUCUUGAGGACUAUACUGGGACUACAGGGGCACCAAGAUAAAUGAAACAGGUUUUUGUGCAAUGGAUCCCCUUUUCCCCUGUUACCAUGCACCUGGAGGUGGGCAGAGAUAUUUGCAUUACCCACCCCUUGGUAUUAUCCUUCUAGGGGGACUUUUAAUUACAAGUAUUUUGGGGGCUCUGCUAGCUGUUGGUCAUGUUUACUUCUCUUCUGUCCGUUUUUCUGACAGUCGUUUUCUGAUACUGCCCUUCAGUACAGUGUGAGUGCCCUGCUCAUGCCAUCUAAUAAGAUGAGUGUACAUGUUCAGGUGGCAUUUUGUGGGCUCAGGCAUCGGUGAUGUUGCACAUUUUGUAGUGAAUUGAUAGAUUUGCACUUAUCUGUUCAGUCCACAGAUCACUGCCUCCUGUAAGCAGGAGACAUGUACACGUGAAGUUGCUCCUGUACCCCCAGAGACGGUGUGUAUGGUUUCAGGGCAAGGCUGCCUGCUCUUUGUGGUAGUCCUGCGGAUGUGUAUGGACCAUGAGAUUUUAUCCUUGUGUGUUGGAGCAAAACGAACCUUAAUAAAGCUUUAUAAAUCAUUCUAGUGACACAUGUACGUCAGUCGAUUCUAGCUCUGAUGCUGUUCUUGAGGAGGACAUACCUGAGGGGAUGAGUCCUACUUAUUCAUAUCUGUGGUUCUCCCCAUCGAACACAACUUCUGACAUGUCAAAAAAGUUGCUAAAUAACCUCCGCUAUUUUAGACGUAAAAAUAGUCCCCUUUUCCAUUGGUCAUGUGACAAUAUUAACUUCCUCAGCCAAUCCUGAAAAGUUUGACAUUUGGGCGGGGGCAGGGCCAGGACUCCUGCCCCAGCAAAUUACUAACAUGUAUGCCCGGAAACAAGCGUACAUGUUGGCUAAUAACUACUCCAGCCUGCCAGAGGAUUAGCCAAAUUUAUUACGAGGCGCUACGGGCGGACUGACGAUAGACCCUACAGGGAAAUUUCCUGGUGGGCCGUCUGUGCCCUCAUGGCCGACAGCUGUGUACAUAACGAUCUGAUACUCUAAGCAUUAAUUAGCGUAGGAGCAUCAGAUACUUAUGCAUCGGCCAACAGCCGCAGGUGGCCUCCCGAAUUCAACUGUAUAGCCGUCCUCAAGACAGUCAUACAGUUGAAUGCUGUCGUGAGGGUGACAGGAUUUUGUGCUGCACUGUGGUAUUUGGUUCUGCACUGUGAUAUUGCUGGCCCUGUCUACUUGUGUUGACCCACCUUCUGCCAAUUUGGACAUGCCUAUAACAUGGGGUCACUUUUUAGUGUGUGUUUUUUUUUUUUUUUUUUUUCCCCCAGGGCCACUAAGUUCCCAGUCCACCCCUGCGAGGUGCACAGCUCAUCUUAAAUUUGGCAUUUCUCCUUGCGCGGCUACAGUAUUAGCCUGUCUUUUGUAAAUGUGCCCUAAAAACCUUUUACGGGCUCAUGCACACGACUGUAUGUAUUUUGUGGUCCGCAAAACAUGGAUCCACAAAAAAAUACUGACGUCCGUGUGCUUUCUAUAUUUUGCGGAAUAGAACAGUCCUAUCCUCGUCUGUAAUGCAGACAAUAAUAGGACAUGUUUUUAUUUUUAUUUUUUUGCAGACCUAUUAAAAUGAAUGGUUCGGCAAAAAAAGGAACUGACACAGAAACAAAAUCCGUUUGCGUGCAUGAGCCAUAACCUACAUCCACAU